GAAAACUAUUUGCAUGCACUUUUGAACCCGAUCUAUUCAUCUGCUAUAUGCGUGUAAUAAAAACUAGGUUAAUUUCUUUGAGAAACAAUGGAGGUUUUGCGGUCUCAGAGAAGGCCCAAGGAAUCCGGGAGUGGUGAGGAUCAAAGACAGGCCUUGUACUUAAACCUUCCAAACAAUGGACAAAAAGAUAAAAUUCUUGUCAGAGAGACUAAAUCUGAGAAGGUUUGCUCGAGAAAUAAUGAGACCAAGAAGCAGCUAUAUGUCCCAGGCACAGGACAACAAACUGUGCUUUCGUGGUUGGUUGAUAUGGGAACACUCCAGCCACGUGAGAGGGUUUAUUAUUUGGAUCACAAAAGCAAAAAAGCAUUACUUUGUGGUGAUAUCGUUGGAGGCCAAAUUCUAUGUGACUGCUGUUAUCUAAUUGUGUCGAUUUCGGAGUUUGAAGCUCAUUCAAAAAGCAAAAUUUGUGAUCCACUGAAGAAUAUAUAUGUGGGGGGAGGACGUUCUCUCUUACAAUGCCUGGCACAAACAUGGAGUAUGCAAGAUGAAUAUGCUUGUAAUUUUUUUAAUUUGGUAUGUCUUGAGAGUGAUGACCAAAAUGAUAAUAUCUGUUGCGAUGGUUGCCCAUCAACUUUCCAUGAAAGGUGCUUGGAUAUACAAACCCUUCCAACAGGUGACUGGCAGUGUUGUCCUUGCAAAUUUUGUGUAAAGCAAAAGGACAGCUCUGAGGGUUUUCACCAGUCUAUGAACAAUGCAUGCCGUAUAUGCGGGCAAAGAUAUCACCAGUCCUGUCUCAAGUCCAUUGGAGCCAAUACUGCUCAUUCUAAACAGGAAUUCUUAUGUGGAAACAGUUGUAAAGAGGUAUAA